CGUAGCAAAUGCUUCCGGGAGCGCCGACGAGGUCACGAGUCAUGUGACAGCCGCUUGCCGGGGACUCCUGUUUAGCUCCAGUGCGGUGGGGAUAGUCCGGUGGCCGAGCAACCCAGGCGAGCAAGAUUGAUCCUGCGAGGGAAAGGGGUUCGUCAUGGCGGAUGACCUAAAACGAUUCCUGUAUAAGAAGUUACCAAGUGUUGAAGGACUCCAUGCUAUUGUUGUGUCGGAUAGAGAUGGAGUACCUGUUAUCAAAGUGGCCAAUGAUAAUGCUCCUGAGCAUGCUUUGCGACCUGGCUUCUUAUCUACUUUUGCCCUUGCAACAGACCAAGGGAGCAAACUUGGACUUUCAAAGAAUAAAAGCAUUAUCUGUUACUAUAACACCUACCAGGUAGUUCAAUUCAAUCGUUUACCUCUUGUGGUGAGUUUCAUAGCCAGUAGCAAUGCCAACACAGGACUAAUUGUCAGCCUAGAAAAGGAACUUGCUCCAUUGUUUGAAGAAUUGAUCAAAGUUGUGGAAGUUUCUUAAUCUGAUGAUGGUUUUGAUGUAUACCUUAUCUUAUAAAAACACAAGUCAAUCUAGCAAUCUUUAGACCACAAUAAUACUUUUCUCUAUAUGUAUGUAAGAAAGGGCCCCUUUUCCACCUUACACUAAAGAAUCUGCCUAUAGGUGUACUUUAUAGACAGAUCAGGUAUUAUAUUUGCUUUGUAAGGUCUUUUCUUCUUUAGAGAGAUCUGGGGAUAAUGGGGAUGAUCUGAAAUGGUUCAGUCUGUCACAGCUCCCAUGGAGUUAGUGCAGUCACCACAUACAGAUGGGAUCUUAUUCAGUGGAUCAGAAUCAAAAUGGUGCAUUGAUCCACUUGAGCCACUGAGCGCUCCCUAUCAUACAGGACUCCCAGGCUGCAAGCAUGCAGCAGGCCCUCUUAUUGUGAAUAAUAUUGAGGAUAUAUUUUUCUUCCAUUGUAUUUUAUUUCUUUGCAUUGAGUGUGAGGAAGAUAAAAUGGCUUAGUAAAAGUAAUAAAAUCAGUACAAUCACUAACUUUAUAUAUGUAUUACUUUGCACUGUAGAUAUAUGUCACUAAUGAGUUCUUUUCAGAGGGUGCUUCUCUUUAAUGAAAAGGAAAAUUAUAGCUUACCCUUUUCUUCCUACUCUGCUCUCUAUAACCAAUCAGUGUUUUAAUGGAUUGUUCUUUAUAGAAUUUAAAUAUGACUUGUUACAGAAUCCUCUUUUCAGUAUGUAUAUAAAUGUGAUAGUUUUAGCCAUUUUUUCAUACAUGAGUAUAAAUAAAAUAGUAUUUUUAAAAAUA